AUGUCCCAUCAUGACCUUCGGCAGGAGGCCGAACGCCCCGCCUCCGCGGCGCCGCUUGUGGGAAAUGGAGUCCCGCCUCCGUUAGCGGGUAGCGAGACGGAUGGUGGCUGGGACUCCAUUUCCCAUCCGCUCCCGCGACAGGGCCGGGCUGGGCCGGCUCCCGAGCCGCCUCAGACGGAGCCAGCCAGCCAGCGCGGCCCCCCUUCCCUUUUCCCCGGUCCCGGCCUCACCAUGAGCAGCGGCAGCGCCGGCUCUUCCCGGCCCCGAACGAGCUCCUUCGCAGACCCGUCAGGCGGGGCUCCCGCCACAGCACCCGCCGCGCCAGGCCCGACCUCGGGGGCAGCGCCGGGGGGGAAGCCCGGGGGGGCUGCCGGGCCUGGGCCGGGGGGAGGCGGGACCAGCACGGCAGUCGGCUCCUUCCCGGGGCUCAAGCUGGGCCGAGAUAGCGGCAAGGUGACCACUGUGGUGGCCACACCAGGUCAGGGCCCCGACCGCCCCCAAGAAGUUUCGUAUUCUGAUAUCAAGGUCAUCGGCAAUGGGUCAUUUGGGGUCGUCUACCAGGCCCGACUAGCAGAUUCCGGGGAGCUGGUUGCUAUCAAGAAGGUGCUUCAAGAUAAACGCUUCAAGAACCGAGAGCUGCAGAUCAUGAGGAAGCUGGAUCACUGCAACAUCGUUCGCCUGCGGUAUUUCUUCUACUCAAGUGGGGAGAAGAAGGAUGAAGUUUAUCUUAAUUUAGUCCUGGACUUUGUGCCCGAGACGGUCUAUCGUGUCGCCCGGCACUUCACCAAAGCCAAACAGACCAUCCCUGUCAUCUAUGUAAAGGUGUACAUGUACCAGCUGUUCCGCAGUCUUGCUUACAUCCAUUCUCAAGGCGUGUGUCAUCGGGACAUCAAACCCCAGAACCUACUGGUGGACCCCGACACAGCAGUACUGAAGCUUUGUGACUUUGGCAGUGCAAAGCAGCUGGUGCGAGGAGAACCCAACGUUUCCUACAUCUGUUCUCGCUACUAUCGUGCUCCCGAGCUCAUCUUUGGAGCCACAGACUACACCUCAAACAUAGAUAUCUGGUCUGCUGGCUGCGUGCUGGCAGAGCUGCUUCUGGGGCAGCCUAUAUUUCCUGGGGACAGUGGAGUGGACCAGCUGGUGGAGAUCAUCAAGGUGUUGGGGACACCAACGCGAGAACAGAUCCGAGAGAUGAAUCCCAACUAUACGGAGUUCAAGUUCCCCCAGAUUAAAGCACACCCCUGGAUAAAGGUGUUUAAGCCCCGCACGCCGCUGGAGGCCAUCUCGCUGUGCAGCCGGCUGCUGGAGUACACGCCCGCCACCCGCCUCUCCCCACUGGAGGCUUGCGCCAACAGCUUCUUCGACGAGCUGCGCGAGCCCAAUGCUCGGCUGCCCAACGGCCGCGACCUGCCCCCCCUCUUCAACUUCAGCCCUGUGGAGCUAUCCAUCCAGCCAGGGUUGAACACAAACCUCAUUCCACCACACAUUCGAUCCCAGGCCAGCUCGGUGGGAAGUGUGCCUGGCUCCACAACUUCGCACAGUGAGGGGAGAAUGGGAACCGACAGGAGCCAGGUUACGCCCGGAGACGGAGCAGGACCCAUCGCCAACACAUCCUGAGGGGCUGCUGGGCCGGGGGGCAGGUUCCCUCCACUUACCCCCUACCCUCCAGGCCACCCACAUGGACUUCUCUGAACUGUGAACGGUGGGGGGGGGGGAGCAACGGUGUGGCCUGGGGGAUCAUGUGGAGCUUGCCUCCCGUUGGCCAGUGGGGAGGCCAAUCGGAGACGAGACGGCCACUUGGAUGGGAAGGGGGAGGGGGCGGAAUUCCCUGUCUCCCUGAAUCACUUCGCGGUUCCCUCCCAUGUUGUCCCAUGAUGCCUCGGCACGGGGAGAGGGCAGAAAAAAAUCCCAUGGCUUAAGGGCUCCCUUUUUCAAAAGCAGUCAAGGUUGGUGCCUCUGGGGAAGGGGAGAGACCCAAGAGCUGCCACCCCACCCCACCCCCAUUUCUCUCCUCCCUUCCCACCUUUCCCAAGGAUGGCCCAGUUCGAUUUUAACUUGCUCUUGUUUUUAACAUCCCCGAGGGAUACAAAAAAUGUUUUAUUUCCAGUCUCAUGUCACCGACGCUCCCCGAACUCCAACCCUGUGGCCCCCUCACAGCGGUCUGAUCCCUCACUGGGUGUCCCUCUCCCACCCCAGACCUGUCUGCCUCUGAAACACGGAUGCUGUAUUUUUAAGCGGGUCAGUCUUUCCCCCUUUUUGUUUUCUUAUUAACCCCAAUAAAAUUCAACUUGUCACUUUCAGGUGGGGAAUUAGGACUAUUCCUCUUCCCUGAAAGGCCUCCCUCCCCUCAUCAUUUUGCUGGCUGUGCCUCCACUACAAUCUCUUAAUGGGAACAAGAAACUCCUAUCCCCCUUGCCUUGGACUGUGAGGGGGGCACGGCCAACCGCACCUUCCUCUUCCAACCCUCCCAUACGUCAUGGCACCAGGAUUUCUUGUGGGAAAUCCUCCCCCCCCCCUUGCCCUCAGUACAGGCUGGCGUUGGGAGCUGUUCCUUCCCCAGGCAGGUGGAUAAAUUUACAGCAGGGCUUGCUCCGAGUUUCAGCCGCGUCUGCUUCCCAGCACUGCAAAUCAAUGAUGUGGGUGGAUGAGGGGGGAUGUUCUCUCAAAGCGGGUGGGAGGGGAGGGAAUGAGAAGACAAGUUUUAAUUCCAUGCCCUUUCCCUCUCCUGCUGUAAAUACAUCUCUUCCUCCCCAUCCCUCCCCCUCAGUGGCUUCCUUUCACCAUUCUCCCUGUAAAUAGAUUAUAAUUUUUUUUUCUUAAUGCAACGUUGCAAUGAUUGCCCCAAACCCCAUUUCCCUCUCCAUCUUCAGAUCGCUCUAGGAUUGAAGGUCCCGCCCCCUGGGGAGCCAGGGUGCAGCCUGUGGAUAAUUUCCCCCCACCUCCCCAUGCCCAUUCCUCAUCACUGCCCCCCGUCCCUUCCAACAUUGUGUGUUAGUUUCUUUCUUAGGUUUUUUGGCUGUGUACAGACAUCCGGUUCAAUAAAUUAUUGGCAUGAACGGAAA